AUCCAAGUUAUUCAAUCAAACAUUGUCAUUAUAAACCGUUCUAUCCUUAAGUUGAGAAAAUGAAGAAAGCUUUUCUUCUUUCACUAUCCUUUGUCUUGAUAUCAGCCAAAUUUCCAAGCAAUGUGAAAAAGUGCCAGUUUGGAGAUUCUCAAUGCUUGAUUGAGUCAUCUCAGGACGUUCUUAGGUCUUCCGGAAAUGGAAAUCCAGGAUUGAAUCUCAUCCCACUCGAUCCUCUUCACGUGGACAAGGUGGACAUUAGACAGAAUGCGGAUGGACCGGUUAAUAUCAACCUGUUCUUCCGGGAUAUUGUUCUCAAUGGUCUCAGUCAAUUGAAAGUCUACAAAAUGGAGGGUUUCGAGAGAAAUCCAGGAAAGAUCGAGAUGAGAGCUCGUCUAGACAAGCUCGUCUUGACAGCGAAUUACAAGGCGAAAGGACGUAUUUUGCUACUUCCUAUUAACGGACAGGGAAAAUGCAAUCUCACAUUCGAUAACUGGGAUGCCGGAUGGAAAUUUACAGUGAAAAAGAUUACAAAGAAUAAUAAGGAAUACGUACAAGUCGACAAUUCGCGGCUUUUCUUUAACACAACCAGGCUUCACAUGUACUUUGAGAAUCUAUUUAACGGUGACAAAGCACUGAGUGAGAACAUGAAUCAAUUCCUCAAUCAAAAUUGGAACGUUCUCUUGACUGAACUGAAGCCAGCACUCACGGAUGCAAUCUCACAAAUACUGCAGAACGUCAUUAGCGGUCCUCUCUCCAAGAUUCCCUACAAUGAACUCUUCGACGAGGAGAAAAUAGCGAAUGAAUCUCCGGGCAUUCAAAAAUGUCGAUAUGGUGAUUCCAAAUGUCUUCGCGAGACUGCAUCGCAUAUUAUUAAAAAUUUUCCUGGUGGAAUUAAAGAAAUGAACAUACAAUCCAUCGAUCCAUUGUUUUAUGACAAAAUCGACGUGAAAAAGACAACGAAGGGAGUUCUAAAUAUUCAACUAAACCUCAUUGAUAUUGACGUGUACGGAUUUUCUAAUGCUAACAUACUCGAAAUUGAAGGUUUCACGGAAAACCCAACGAAUCUCUACAUUCACUACACAUUGGAUAAAGUUAAAGUAAUUGGAGAUUACAAGAUGCGUGCCCAAAUUCUCCUCUUUCCGAUGGAAGGCGAAGGAAAGUGUAACUAUACAAUGCUCGAUUGGGAUUUCAAAUGGAAUGCCACAGUGAAAUUGAUUGAAAAAGACAAUCAGAAGUACAUGAAGCUGCUGAAUCACAAAACACAAUUUACAACAUCCAGGAUGUACUUCCAUUUUGACAAUCUCUUUAACGGGGAUCAGGCUUUGGGUCAGAGUGCCAAUGAUUUCUUUAACCAAAAUUGGCAGCUAUUCUAUGACGAAAUGAAGCCCAUAAUGUUCAAGUUGAGUGGAAAGUUCUUCAGCAGCCUCCAAUCAUUCUCCACCACUCAAGAGUAUUUUAUCGCGUACAUUCCACCAGACACGACAGGCGAAAAGAUGGAAAAGUGGAAAAUUUUUCUCUUUAUCAACCUCUGUUCUCUGAGUUACGCCCAACAACCUUUUACGCCUUGCACAUACGGUGAUGGUGAUUGUGUAGUGAAACUCUUUAAUGUGAUUCUCAGUCUUUUUGGUGAUGAUUUUCUCGAUUUUCGCCCAAUGGAUCCACUUCUCGUGGAUAAUGCCACACUCUCGACAAAGUACACACCGACAGUGCAUUUCAAACUGCUGUUGCUCAAUGUAAAACUCCACGGAUUGCGGAAGAUGAAGGCAGUCAGAGCUACUGGAAUACAGGAAGACUUUAGCGGGAAAGAGAACGAAAUCGUGCUCACGGCGCCUCAACUCACCCUGCACGGCCCCUAUAAAAUGAAAGGCAAAUUUCAUCUCAUUCCACUGACAAGCUCAGGAAUUGGCAAUAUCACAAUAAAUAAUGUGGAAUUAACAGUGAAAUACACUUUGGAGAAAUACACACAGAAUGGAGAAAUUUACAUCAAGGCCAUAAACACAAUGGUGGACAUUAAACCGGAGAGCAUGUGGACAAAGUUAGACAAUAUCUUCAAUGAGAACAAGGAAAUUGACGAUGCCGUUCACGAGUAUGUCAAUGAAAACUGGCGAGACGUCUUCAAAGACAUGAAACCAUCGAUCACAAAGGUAUUUUCCAAGAUCACAGAGGAUGUGUUCAACAAAGUGUCCACCAAAGUUCCGCUGAAGUUCUUCCUCGUGCAGUGAAAAUGCCGCUCAGCUCGAGAAACACUUUGGUUUAUCUUUAUUUUUAAUUUAUACUUCUGAGAUUUUACUCUCAGUUAAACAUUUAAACAGAAGCUACAAUUAAAAGUAUUAAAACA